GCUUCCGGCGGGCGUGGGCGGGGCUUCGUGCCUACUUCCUGGGAGAUCAGCCGACCGCAUGGAAGCAAAGACUCUUGGAAUUGCAACACCCAGAAAACCUGUCUUAUCCGUCAGUGCAAGAAAAAUUAAAGACAAUGCAGCCGAUUGGCAUAAUUUAAUCUUGAAAUGGGAAACCCUCAAUGAUGCAGGUUUUACCAUCGCAAGUAACAUUGCCAACCUGAAAAUCAAGUUAUUGAGUAAAGACGAGGCAGAAUUAGAGGUCAGCAGCCCAGCACCCAGCGAAAAUGAAGAAGAGGCAUAUCCAGAGUAUAAUAAGGAACUUGAGAUGCUGUGUGAGGAAUUGCAGACCACCUUGGAUAGUUUGACCAAAAUACAGGUGAAAAUGGAAAAACUGUCUUCAACUACCAAGGGAAUUUGUGAACUGGAAAAUUACCACUGUGGGAAGGAGAGCAAACGGCCCCCUCUGUUUCACACGUGGCCCACAGCCCAUUUUUAUGAGGUCUCCCGCAGGCUCGCAGACAUGUAUAGGAGUGAGCUCCUGCUAAAGCGCACAGUGGUUGGAGAGCUCGCGCACACCACCAGUCAUGACCUCACCCUGAGCUACCUGGCAAUGUGGCUGCACCAGCCCUACGUGGAGAGUGACAGCAGGCUGCUCCUGGAAGGCAUGCUGCUUGAAACGGGGCACCGAGCCCUGUGAAUCCCCCCAAAGCAGCAUCAUGUGAAGUCUGCCUCCAGGCUCUGGACCACAGGCUGCUUCUGUCUCCCCAAAAGUGGGAGGACAUAGGACUCGAGGCUGCCCCCCCAGGAUCAGACCUUUCUGUCUACCGUGGCCAUCCAUAAGUCUUUGGGGUCUGAGGGCAGGAUUGUCUCACCAGCUCCCUCCAGCUUUGCCUUGUGUUAGGCCUCUGCCAUCAGUUGGUGUCAUGGAACAUACUGUGACUGUCACUUGUGGGUGGUUCUCUGUAAGAUAAAGGAAUUCCUGAACAAAGUGAUGGUUUUGUAAAUUAGGUGUAGAAAACUGGCUAGCUCUGUGGCCUGGUGGUUAAGGGAGUUGGAUCCCACAUCGUUGACCAUUCAGUUCAAGUACCAGCCCUAGCAGCUUGAAAAGCAAGUUGGGCCCAUGUGUGUGUGCUCAAGAUCCCGCCAGGAUGGAGAAAUGGAAGAGAAGGUAUUACUGUGACUAUGGCCUGCUGGAGGGAGCUUCCUCCUUCCCUCUCUGAUGAGUGCAUGCAUCCUCUGGCAAAAUUUUAAAAAGAAAAUCCCCAGGUUAAUAUUUUACUUUAUACCUAUCUGUAUUGCUUAAGUUUUUAUGAGGAUGUAUUAGUUUUGUAAUUAUCAGUGUGUAAAGCCUCAUGGAGGGGCUGGAUGGUGGUGCAGCAGUAACACGAUACUCCUUGAGGCGGACCCACACCUGAAAGUACGUGGAGACCUCCCUGAGUGCACUGGAUAUGCGUGUGCCCAUGACAUGGGCCUGGCUGAGCUGUGGGUUGAUCAUGGUGUUGAAGUCUCUGUUGGGAGUGAUUGUCUCUCUCUUUGUUCUUGGAAGAAAGAAAUCUCAUGAAGUUAACAGUCAAGUUUGAUGUCGUGAAAAUGAAAACUACCUACAAGAAUAUUGCCAUAGUCCCACCCUGGGCAUAUGAAGGCCAGAUGAAGUCCCUCCCGUGUCAUUAUUCCAGCACUGUCAUAUAGCCAGGCAGUGAUCACACCAUUUCCAAGGUUAAUACAUCACGUCAGGUUAAGGGAGUGCCAGUUCUGAGACCUGGUGGUAAGAAGAAAAAGGGAAGAGUAACUGUUUAUGACUACAGAGGCUGGCUAGAACCAGUGUGAAGAAAGCACGAGGUACCAGGAGCCCACCUCGGCCUGGCCUUUCCUGUUGGAGCUGCUUGUUGCACUGCAUCUGUUCCCCUGUUUAGUGAGUUCUCUGAUCCCAAGGUGUUUAUACUCCAUGGGCCUGUGUGUGUGUAGUAUAUUUAAUAAAUAAUGGUUUUUAA